AUGCAAGCCUCCAGAUCAGCGACUCGCCAUUUGCUGCGGCAUGCGACGCGUCCGCCCUCGGGCUUCGUUUGUAACAGCUGCCUGUCGCGUCGGUCCUCGAGCGCGUCUGCUUCUACACGAUCAUCACCACCGCCUCCGCCCCCGGCCGCGGGUUAUACUGCGCUCAAGUCUCGUCGCUUGAUAUCAGUCUCCGGCCCAGAUGCUGCCAAAUACCUGCAGGGCGUCGUGACCGCCAACAUCAUAAAGAACAACAAGACCGGCUUCUACACGGCUUUCCUCAACGCCCAGGGGCGUGUUCUGCAUGAUGUCUUUAUAUAUCCGGAUGCUAGCAAAGAUGGCGAGGGCUUCUUCAUCGAGGUUGACGCCGCCGAGGCCGAGCGUCUGACACGCCACAUCAAGCGCUACAAGCUCAGAGCAAAGUUGAACCUGCGGCUCCUGGACGACGGGGAAGCCACCGUGUGGCAGGCUUGGGACGAUUCCAGGACCGACUUUGCACCUACGAUCGGCAUGGUGACCCCCGUGCGAGAUCCUCGCUCGCCAACAUUGGGCUACCGCAUUCUCACGUCCGGGGACCUUGCGCAGACGCCUCAGCUGGACCUGGACGCGACCCCUGAGACAAGCUACCGUAUCCGAAGAUACCUUCAGGGAGUGGCGGAAGGACAAGCUGAGAUAUUGCGAGAGCACGCCCUCCCUGCCGAGAGCAACAUGGACGUCACUGGCGCCAUCGACUUCCGCAAGGGCUGCUACGUCGGGCAAGAACUCACAAUCCGCACGCGACACCGCGGAGUCGUGCGCAAGCGCAUCCUCCCAUGUGUUUUAUACGACCAACCCGACGCUCCCGGGCGCUUGGAGUACAAGCAAGAUGGCCUCGUUGCUGCUGAAGACGUGCCGCCCGAGACGAGUAUCGGGCGCGCUACAAAGAAGGGCCGUAGUACGGGCAAGUGGCUUUCUGGGGUUGGCAACAUCGGACUGGCACUUUGCAGAUUGGAGAUCAUGACAGAUUUGACUCUACCUGGGGAACCUGCCGCGACGCCUGCAGCAACACUGGAGUCAAGCAGCGAUGAAUUUGUCCUGGCUCCCAAGACUGGGGAGGACGGUGGCAGUGAUGGGCCUUCUUUCAAGGUGAAAGCGUUUGUGCCCGAGUGGUUGAGGCAGGGCUUGGCUGCUCAGACUGCUGGCCAUUGA